CAAACCACGCGCGAAACACAAUUUUGGUAACUUUUCUCUCCCUCCACGCCAUGUUCCAGAAAUCCUAGCCCCCAAUUCAUGCAAACCUCUGGACCAUGUAGAAGAAGCCAAUUUUUCUCCUCUGCACCCAUUAACCAAAAGAAAGCUUCAAUUUCUCAACCUGUCACUAUCCCAAUUCCUCAUCUCCCAAUUUUAUCCAAAACGGUGAAUAGCAACACAGAGGAGAUAAACGAUUUUCUGGUUCUCUUCUCAAUUGAAUCUCUGACCUAUUUCAAGACCCAUCCCACAGCCCCAGGAUUUAUUGUGAAAGUGUAUAUCCAUCUUGAAGUGAAAGUUAGGAGCAGCAAAUUUCUACAAUCUUUUUUGUUGCGAGUAGAAUAAUCUGGAGUAGAGAGCAGCACCAAAAGGGUUAUGUUUUUUCAUCUUUAAUCUAUUUUAUGCUUUUGUUUUGAAACUGAAAUCUUUUAUGUUUUUGUUAAUUUGUUAAUGUAAUUUUGUGAUUUAUAGAGGAUAUUUCUUUGAAUAAUCUGAGUUUUUUAUUAGUUUUUGAAUAAUAUAAGGCUUGAAAUAC